AUGGUUCCAUCUAGAUCGUGUGCGCUGGUUGUACCAGCGUCCCUGUGCGGAAGUCAAUUUCUCGCCAAGCUGGACUCUUACGCAAGCCCGCCCCUGUCCCCGUCAGCGCAUUGGUCCUUUGACCUCGAUCCAGUGCGUAGGGGGAUGGAUGGCGAUAUCCUGCGCAUGAAGCAGCAUGAUUCAAAUGCCCGCUUUGAAACCAGAGCCGGGAUGUCCCGUCGUGGUGCAGCGGACCGGUUCAGACAGGCCGGGGUCCCAUCGGCAGCACGUGGAGGUGAUGCAUCCUCGCACGCCACGGGGCGUCCCCGGAUGUCCACCUACCUGGACUAUGGAUACACAGAGAGUCCCUUUCAGGGCGGUCCGUUGCAGGGGAACGAGUUGCAACCAUACCCCCCGACGUUGCGCGACCAGCAACAGCGCCAGCAGCACCCGUCAGUGCACCAGCCCUUAGCUCCCUACGACUCCGAGAUGGUAUACGACCUCAGUGGACAACAGGGCCCAACCCAAGCCACGUACGAGGUGGUGCCACCACCAUACUCGGCACGGCAAUCUGCAGCGAUGGAAGCCCUGUCCAGCCAGUUUGGUGUUCCACAAUAUUUCCCUCCAAAUGAACCGACAGGCACUGGGGUUCCAGCAGUAGGGCCGCCUUACUUGCCGUCGACAGUCCCGCUUUCCGCUUAUAAUCCGCCGCCGCCAGGGGGCAUAGGACGCUCGAGCGUAACGCACAUUUAUCAAGCCAAUAUGACCGGUUUGACCUCCAUCGGCCCUGGCGAACGAAUGGAGCAACAGCAGCAGCAGCAGCAGCAGCCUUCGCCACCGCCGCCACCGCAACAACCACCAUCGCAACAACCACAACAACAGCUCCAACAGAUCCCACGGACGGACUUCCAAUCAGCCAACGUGAGGGAAGUGUAUGCACAAUUUCAACGCGCGGUGCAAGGAACAUUUGACAAUACGCGCGCUGGCCGAUUAGUGGAGGCCAGCCGAUCACUCUUAGAAAUCUCCGAAUGGCUUGUGACUAAUGCGCGGGAGCUCGGAGUCCUCCGAGAUGAGCAGAUAUUCUACGCCGAUCGACUACAACUCUGGAAUGAUUUCAAUAUCUGCUGGCUUGCCCUCUGCCAAAAACAAAAAGAUAUGGCCGAGGAACUGUUUCAGACAGGACGUCAGCCACCACAGACCAGUCUCCUCAGCAAUGAAGCCAUGGACAACCUGGGUAAAGAGCUGAUCCAGCUAUGCGAUCGAAUGGAACAGCAUGGACUCGUCGAUUAUCAGCUUGGGAUCUGGGAGGAGGAGAUUCUCUCUGUCCUAGGCCAAUGUCUCGAUAUUGUGGAAGACCGGCUCGACUUCUUCCGUUCGCACGCAGUAACUGUAGCCUCCCGGUGA